AAAAUAAAAAAAAUAUAUCAACACAUUUCUCAUUUAUAUGAGCCCAUCAUUUUUUUUCCUUCCUAAUUCCUAUAUAUAUCAUCAUCAUUAUCAUCAUCUUUCUCUCCUACUUCACUACAACACCAUCAACAUGAACAACAACAACAACAACAACAACAACAACAAGAUGAAGAUGAUGAUGGUGAACUUCUCCAUCAUCAUCAUCACCAUCAACCUAAUCCUUUCCCCAUCCAUGGCACUAAGCACCAUGGCUGAUGAUGCUUCUUCAUGUAGCUGCUCAAAAGUAGCACAAACUUCAGACAAGCACAAAGCCAUGAGUCUCAAGUUCAUCGCCAUUGCCUCCAUUCUCUCCGCCGGAGCCAUGGGUGUGCUCGUCCCAAUUCUAGGGAGAUCCAUCGCCGUGCUACGCCCGGAGAGUGACGUCUUCUUCAUCAUCAAAUCAUUCGCCGCCGGAGUGAUUCUGGCCACCGGAUUCAUUCACAUAUUGCCGGACGCGUUCGAGAGGUUGACAUCCAAGUGUUUGCCGGAGGAACCGUGGCGGCGUUUCCCGUUUGCGGGGUUUGUGGCGAUGUCGUCGGCGAUGGGGACGAUGAUGGUGGAUUCGUUUGCAACUGGUUAUUAUAAGAGGUCUUAUAUUAGCAAAGCACUACCUGUGGAUGUGGAUUUAGAUGUGGAUGUUCAUGAAGUUGCUCAAGUGGAGUCUUCUCAGCAGCCUCAAUUUCAUAGCCAUGAACAUGGACAUGCUUUGCAAGAUGGAUCUUUAUCUGAAAAAAUUCGCCAUAGAGUUAUCUCCCAAGUACUGGAGCUGGGCAUUGUGGUUCAUUCAGUGAUCAUUGGGAUAUCUUUGGGUGCUUCUGAGAAGUCUUCCACAAUAAGGCCUUUGGUGGGAGCGCUUAGUUUCCAUCAAUUUUUUGAGGGGAUCGGACUAGGUGGUUGCAUUGUUCAGGCAAACUUCAGAGCAAAGGCGACAGUGAUCAUGGCAGUGUUCUUCUCCCUCACAGCCCCAGUAGGCAUUGCACUGGGCAUCGGUGUAUCGUCGAGCUACGAUGAGCACAGCUCGACGGCGCUCAUCAUUGAAGGGAUGUUCAAUGCUGCCUCUGCUGGCAUUUUGAUAUACAUGGCUCUUGUCGAUCUCUUGGCAGCAGACUUCAUGAAUACAAGGCUGCAGAGCAAUGGGAGGCUUCAGCUUGGAACUCAUCUGGCCUUGCUUUUAGGUGCAGGCCUUAUGUCACUCCUUGCCAAAUGGGCUUAGACGAGCUAGUCACUGUUCUAUUAGUUUACACUACAGUCUUGAUUGAAACAUCAUUAGAUGUUUCAGCUUUAAAAUCAAGGGGAUGAUAAAAUAUAUUUUGCCUCCCCAAUUUUAAAAAUCAUGCUUAACUAUCUACAAGCAUUCAAAUUAUGUCUUUAAAGAUUUCCCUCUA